AUGCGCCCUGAGAGCAGGCAGCACAGACGCCAGGGGAAGCGCGCCGCGAAGCCCCAGGACGGAGAGCAGGCCGCGUCCGCGGGGGAGAGGCGCGACGCAGAGCGAACGUCCGCACGGGGCGCACCGAAGGACGCGUACGAGCAGCUGGCGGAGGCGCGGCGGUCGUGGGCGACGUCGUUGCUGCGGAACCAGAACCGGCAGGAGGCGCCGUGGCGCGCGGUGUUCAACCUGUCGUUUUACUUGCUGCGGGAGUACUGCCGGGACCAGCUCGGGCUGCAGGACAGGGCGGACGAGGUGGAGGAGAAGGCGCUGGAGCGCGUGACGGAGAUCUCGGAGCGGUACUACGACCGCGUGAUGUCGCGCGAGGACCUGACACACCUCCUGCUGUGUUGUUUGUACCUGGGGGCCUACGACGGACUCAUCCUGGGGGGGCGGCUGUCGCACAGCGACGCCCUCGCGACCCUCAACACGCUCGACUUCUCCCGGCACGCCCUCCGUGCGCUGGCAGUCGUGAACUACUAUUUCCUGAUGACUGCGACCCUUGUGGCAGAUGCCCCCACAACCGCCGCGGGGCAGCUGCGCAACAUGGCCGUGAACCACUACGGCCCGGGCAUGGGCGUGCACUUCGAGGCGGCCCUCGACGAGCGCCGCCGCGUGCGCAGCUUCACUCUCCAGGUGCAUGACUGCUUCUAUCGAAAGGUCAUGAGCGCGGAGCACGCGCCAGACCUGCUCGACUUCGUGUGCUGCCGCCGCGACAGCGUGAUGCACAAGGGCAUGGAGCGCCUGGGCGUCGGGCUGGAGCACAAGGUUGCCGGCGACGGCAUCACGGACCCGCGGUGCUGCUCGCUGCGCGUGUACCGCCGGCCGCCCGUGUCGACCGACGGCGGCGAGUCCGACUGA